CAUCUGACUAUAUAGUACCCUCCAUCCAUUGCCCUUUAACUUGCACUUUACAACCUUUUACAGCUACUCAUUUUGCUUUAUCAUUGCUUUGCACUUUGUUUUCCAAUAUUGUUGUAAAUUUUGCAUUAGUUCAUCAUCAUCAUGCUAGAAGGCAAGGCUGUGAUUGGUGAAACUGACAUGCUCAAGACCAUGCAGCAAGAUGCCCUAGAUUUAGCAUCCAAAGCACUCGAUUUCUUUGAUGUCACUGAAGCCAUCGAGAUAGCCCGAUUUAUAAAGAAGGAAUUUGAUAGGAUGCAUGGACCUGGUUGGCAGUGUAUCGUAGGCACUGAUUUUGGUUCGUUUGUGACACACUGCUGUGGCUGUUUCAUCUAUUUCUGUUUAGGCAACAUGGCCAUUUUGCUGUUCAGGGGCUCAGCUGCUCCAGAGGCACAUGAAAAUCAGUUCUCGGCACUUGAGGCAGCAAAAGCAAAAGCAUGAAUUCACUGCCUAAUUUUCCCUCUCUUUAGACUCUUAUAUUUUUGUUCACUCCAUGUAAUGAUAAUGUAGAAAGAAAUGGAAGGUUAUUGAGAUCAGAAAAACAUAUUGGUAGAGGUCCAUAAAUUA